AUGCCCGUCCAAACCAGUCCGCCGUCGGUCCCGGACUCCUUUCCUUCCUUCAUGUCGGUCUUCGACGGGAGGUUGCCCAAUAGCCACCCCCAAGAGGACCACAACUCCACCGUCCAGCCCCUGCGGGUUCCCACGAAUGUUACUUCCAAUACCACCCGACGAACCCUGCCCUUCAAACAUCGCGAAAGCAUCUCGUCCAUGACCUCGGCGUCGACCGACUCCUCCCCGACCACCACCAUCUCCACGUUCGAUUCGUCCGCCUCGGGUCCCGACACCUCCCCCAGCUCGUCUCCGGAAUCCCCGACCUCCAUGCCCCUGUCCUACCCGAAAUUCAUGCCGCCCGCCCGCCACCAUCACCUCCCGGGCCAGACGCUCUCGUCGGCUCCGGCGGACGACCUACCCCCGCCGUCGUGCGGCGCCCCCAAGCACACCCGCCCGGACUCGCCUGGCCGCCGGGCCCGGAACCUCAAGAAUCUCUCCCUGCGAAUGCCUCCCCCGUGCCCGUCGGGUCGACCCCCGAUUGCGACGGCCUCGGUCGUCGAAACCUCCUCCCAGCAUCAUCUCUCCGCGCCCCCGUCUCCGGCCCAUGCACCGGCGAAGAGCAUGCGACGGAAGCCCGCAAACCUGACCAUCCGCACGCCGGGAUUCGACCGGUCGUUUUCCUGUAACCUCUCGGAGAUGGUGCCCCCGACCCCGCACGCCCUGCGCCAUACCGAGUCGUCGCCCUCCCUCUUCUCCCCGUCCUUUGGUCCCAAGGGGGGCAUGCAGCUGCCCCGGCCCGUCACCCAUCACGGCAGCGGCCGGCGGUCGGGCGCGUUGGACGACCCCCAUGCGCCGGUGCCGUCGCGAUCCGACGAGGGCUCCCGUGCCGUCCUGCACGAGCUGGCGGAGGAAGAGGACCACCUCGACUCGCGCGAGUCGAUGCGCCGCAACGAGCGGGGGUACCCGAACGGGCCCGUCCGGAUCUACGACUCGGGCGUGUAUCUCUACCUCGAGCCGACCGCCGACGAAGCGUCGCACUUCGAUGUCGUCGUCAACGUCGCCAAGGAAGUCGCCAACCCCUUCCGGAACGACCGCCCCGGCGCCGGCACGGUCCUGAGUGCCUGGCGGCAUGCGCCGGCGGGCGCAACCCGACCAUCCAUUGCGGAGCCCACCACGGCCUUGUCGGACGCCUCCUUCCAGUCAGCCUUCGAGUACCCGCCCAGCGACGAGAGCUCUCCCGCGACGCCGCGGACAGAGCCGGCCAGCCCGGAAUACCUGCACGUCGGCUGGGACCACAACUCCGAGAUCCUCGAUGAUCUGUAUACACUGUGCCAGCUGAUCGACUCCCGCAUCGACCAGGGCAAGAAGGUCCUGAUCCACUGCCAGCUCGGCGCCAGUCGGUCCGCCUCCCUCGUGAUCGCGUACGGCCUGUACAAGAACCGGCAUCUGGACUUCAACUCCAUGUACGAGCUCGUCAAGGAGCGCAGUCGCUGGGUGGGCCCGAACAUGAGCCUGAUCUACCAGCUGACGGACUUCCGCGCGCGCCUGGCGCGGGGAGGCGCCUCCCCACCCGCCCCGGAGGCGUCGUUCAUGCCCGGGGGGCGACGCAGCUCCGAGCCCCAGCCGCCGCGGGCCGGGCGGAUGGACCCGUCUGGCGAUGCCCCCCCGCUGCCGCGAUACGGGAGCGUCGCCCUGGGGUCCGGACAGCCCGCGUUUCCGGGCCUGAACGCGCAAGCGGCCAGCUCCUCGCUCUCCGUUCCGGCCACGGACCCGGCCGGCCCGACCGCGGGCCCUCGGCGGGGGUUCGCCCCGUCGCUGUCCCACAAGCGGAGUCUGUCUCCGCGACCGUUGCCCCUGCGGCAAUCCAGCUUCCACGCGCUGCACUCAGCAUUCCGCGCGGGCCGCGCGGAGUUCGGGCCCAGUCUGAUGGCGCCUGAGCAGGGGCCCUAUUCGUUGGGCAAGACGGAUAUCUUCGUCCGCGACGCCCCCGAGGAGCCGUCCGCGCUCUUCUCGCCCCGGACCACGGGUUUCUUAGCGGCGCCGGCGAUGCCCUCGGUUUCAGACGCGUUGGCGGCUCCAGGGUCCCUCGACCCGCGAUUCCGGUCGCCCAUGGUGGAUCCGCGAUCCCCUCCACCGGGCAAUGAACGGAUAAUCAUGAGAAAUAUUGAUGAAUUUCUAUAGCCCGUCCACUUUCUUCCUACGAAGGACAUGUGGUCUUGCCGGGCGAUUCUUGGGGAUCGUUCCCGAGAAAUGAUUUCGAUGAUCCUGACUCGUGUUCUUAUGAACCGCUUUCGUUCCGUUUUCUUUACUCUCUCACACACACACUCUCUCUUUCUCUUAUGCCUGACACCCAACGGGUGAUCCGAUUCGUUCUCAUUU